AUGUAUAGUAGAAAAUCUUUUAAUAUCAUACAAAAUCAUUAUACUACAAGAAUAGCAUCCAAUCCUUUAUCAAUAUUUGAAAUACCUGAUAGUUUUAAUCCGCAUAUUUUAUCGUCGCUUGAUGAAAUUGGAUGCCUAAAAUUAAACGAAACCCUUUGGGGAUUUAUCGUUAAUUGGGCAAAAUUACAAAAUCCAGGACUAACUAAUCAUGUUACAAAUUGGAGAAAAGAUGAUUGGGAAGAAUUUAAAGAAUCUUUAAAUCCGUGUAUUCCGUGGCAAAGCAUCAUGAAUUUAAAUUGGGAUGAAUUUUAUGAUCUUUUAAUUCCAUGUGAACCAUUCCUACCAGCUGAAAAGUUUAAUACGGUUCUAACGCAACAAUUGAAAAAGGCGUGCUCACCUUUCUCCAUCAAAUCACCUAUUUCUUUACAGUUUAAUGAAACGAUUCUUAAUAUUUGUCAAGCGACUUUGAUUUCUAGCUGGAUUGAUAAAAGGGAAGACAAACCAUAUUUACCAGCAGAAAUUCCUUAUGAAUUCAAAUUAAUCAUACGUGGAAAUCGUGAUGGAUUCUCUCCUGAUCUAUUCAAUUUAAAAUGCGGAAACCUUCAAAAGACCGUGGUAGUAUUUAAAAUGACGGAGGCCCUUUAUGGUGGUUAUAAUCCAUUAGAUUGGAAAUUUGAUCACUCAACUUCUGAUAGUUUUAUAUUUAAUUUUGAUCGUAAUCAGGUUGAUCUAAAGAGACUUAAUAGAUUCGCUAUUCACAAGAAAUCCGGUUAUGGUCCUUGUUUCGGUACUGAAGGAUUACUAGCCUUUCCACAUGGUAAACGUUCAAUAUUAUGGAUGUCUAAGGACAAUUCAAAUUCUUUACCUAUUCUAGAUUAUGAAGUUUAUCAAAUUUUUGAAAAACCAAAAAGAGCUAAUUUGGCUGCUGCCGCUUCUUCUUCCUUGAAUCAUAAUGGUUACACUCAUAAAAAAAGAUGA